AUGGCUGACAAAAGUUUUUUUGUGGACAUCUCACAAAGGCAAUCUCUUCGAGGGACGCAUCAGGUUAGGCCAUCGAGUUCUGAUUUAGAACCUUUGCAUCACCGACCCAUUACUGAUCGUAGUAGUCCGAAGCUUGGAGAUCGUCGUUCACCAAGAGCACAAGAAGAGCUAAAGAAUCUCAAAGACCAGUUGGCUUCAAUAGAAGCUGCAAAGAAAGAAGCACAACAAGAGCUGAAAAAUAAGAUUGAGAAGCCUAAAGCUUGGGAAACUGUUGAAGUUAAUGAGAAGGUUUCUCCGAAAAGAACUCGAGAUUCUAAGAAAUCUGAUUGUAGUAUCAAAGAUGAAGUCUCUGAAGAUCUUGCUGAGAUUUAUGAGAGAGCUCAAGUGGCUGCAGUUGAACCAAUCAACUUUGAAGAAGUUGAAACUCAACAAGGAUUGAAGCAAGCCAUGCUCGAUGAGAUGAGCAUGAUCCACAAGAAUCAGACUUGGGAUCUUAUUCCUAGACAAGUUAACAGGAAGGUCAUUGGAGAAAAGCUAUUAAGGAAAAAUGGGAAUCUGCAGCAUGGAAGCCAAGGAGGAGUGUUGAAGUUGGCCUCCAUGUAG